AUGGCUGCAACUCCAGAUGAUGAUGAGUCAGAUAAAGAGGAUUUGGAGCGUCCAUUUGAGGAGCAUCGCCAUAUUGAUAAUCUCACAGAGACAAUAGAAGCCGUCAUUGCAGGGGCAGGCGUCAUUGGAGAUGGAGAAGAAGAUGUUGAUGAAGAAAUGGGAGCUAAUUCAGAAGUGGAUUUCGAUGCCGAAGUUAGAAAUGAUAUUGUAAUGAUGUGCGACUCUGGCACAAAAUAUAUGGUAGAUGCUAUGCCUUACUUGGGUAAAGGGACAACUCCUCGUAAUAUUCCACAAACUAUGUACUUUGUGAAAGAACUGACAAGAACCAUCUACGGAUCCAAUCGAAAUGUUACGAUGGAUAAUUGGUUUACAACUGUUCCACUAGCCUCAGAUCUCCUAGCACCACCAAUAAAUCUCACUUUGGUGGGAACUGUUCGGAGAUGUAAACCAGAAAUCCCGCCUGAAAUGAAAGACCCUGGAACCCGGAAAGUUGGAAGCUCAAUGUUCUGUUUUGAUGGACAUAAGACCAUGGUAUCUUUUAAGGCUAAGAAGAAGAAGGUGGUUUUAUUACUUUCAACUUGCCAUGAUCAGCCAAUGAUAAAUCCACUCAGUAACAAGCCUGAAAUUAUAGAAUGCUACAACUCCACAAAAGGAGCCGUGGACACUCUCGAUCAAAUGUGUGGUCAAAUGUCUUGUAGCAGGAAGACAAAGAGGUGGCCCUUGUGUAUAUUCUAUGGAAUGAUAAACAUCAUGAUCGUAAAUUCCUACGUCAUUUACGUUCACAACAAAACUUCUAAGGGAGAAAAACCUCUUUCUAGACGUGACUUCGCCAAGGAACUGCACAAUGAGCUCGUCAAACCAUGGUUGGAGCGCCGCCUGCAAUACCAGUUUUUGGCCCACCCUUUGCGGCAGUCAAUAGCAGCCAUCCUACGUUGUGAGGCUCGAGUAGAUCAACGAGACCAUCCACCAGUACAACAAGAAGCUCCGGGAAGGAAAAUUUGCGGAUUUUGCCCAUCAAAGAAGCGAAGAAUGACAAAGUACUUUUGUGGACGAUGCUCCAAGGCAAUGUGCGGGGAGCACCAGGGGCAAUGGUGUUUUGAGUGUGUUAAAAAGAAGUAG